CACCAAUCAGCGCGUUCCAACGAACAGCCGCUCAGCCAAUGGCGAGCCUCCACGAUGGGGAAGAAGUGACGGCUUAUAUAUGGAGAGAGCACAGUUCAUUCAACAUCAUUUCACAGCAGAAAAAACACAGAUAAGAGUAACACAGAGACACGCUGUACGCUGAGGGGCUAGCACCAUUGGAGGCAACGUCAAGGCCGUUAAUUGAUUGACGAUACUACGAUUAAGAUUAUUUUGUAGAUCUGAUCCAAACCGAUCAAAGAUGAAGCUGUUGUGGGUUGUAAUGCUGGUGACCGGCACUGUGUUUGCCGAUGACGACGACAAGAGGGAGAGUGUGGGGACCGUGGUUGGAAUCGACCUGGGGACCACAUACUCAUGUGUUGGAGUGUUCAAGAAUGGCCGUGUGGAGAUCAUCGCCAAUGACCAGGGUAACCGCAUCACCCCGUCGUAUGUGGCCUUCACCAGUGAAGGCGAGCGUCUGAUUGGUGAUGCUGCUAAGAACCAGCUGACCUCUAACCCUGAGAACACUGUCUUUGAUGCCAAGAGAUUGAUUGGGCGUACUUGGGGAGACUCCUCUGUGCAGCAGGACAUCAAGUACCUGCCAUUCAAGGUGACUGAGAAGAAGACCAAGCCCUACAUUCAGGUCAACAUUGGAGGUGGUGUAAUGAAGACUUUUGCUCCUGAAGAGAUCUCCGCCAUGGUGCUGGUUAAGAUGAAGGAGACUGCUGAGGCUUAUUUGGGCAAGAAGGUUACACAUGCUGUGGUCACUGUUCCUGCCUACUUCAACGAUGCCCAGCGUCAGGCCACUAAGGAUGCCGGAACCAUCGCUGGCCUGAAUGUCAUGAGAAUCAUCAAUGAGCCAACUGCUGCUGCCAUCGCUUAUGGUCUGGACAAGAAGGACGGCGAGAAGAACAUUCUUGUGUUCGAUCUGGGCGGCGGUACCUUCGAUGUCUCCCUGCUGACCAUCGACAACGGCGUGUUCGAGGUGGUGGCCACCAACGGUGACACUCAUCUGGGAGGUGAAGACUUUGACCAGCGUGUCAUGGAGCACUUCAUCAAGCUGUACAAGAAGAAGACCGGCAAAGAUGUGCGCAAAGACAACCGGGCUGUGCAAAAGCUGCGUCGUGAGGUUGAGAAGGCAAAGAGGGCGCUGUCCGCCCAGCACCAGGCCCGCAUUGAGAUCGAGUCCUUCUUUGAGGGAGAGGACUUCUCUGAGACCCUGACCCGUGCCAAGUUCGAGGAGCUCAACAUGGACCUGUUCCGUUCCACCAUGAAGCCCGUACAGAAAGUGCUUGAAGACUCUGACCUGAAGAAGCCUGACAUUGAUGAGAUCGUCCUGGUUGGAGGCUCCACCCGUAUUCCCAAAAUCCAGCAGCUGGUGAAGGAGUUCUUCAACGGCAAAGAGCCCUCAAGAGGCAUCAACCCUGAUGAGGCUGUAGCUUACGGAGCUGCUGUGCAGGCUGGAGUGCUUUCUGGAGAGGAGGACACUGGUGAUGUGGUUCUUCUGGAUGUGUGCCCCUUGACUCUUGGUAUUGAGACUGUUGGAGGAGUGAUGACCAAACUGAUCCCCAGGAACACCGUGGUGCCCACAAAGAAAUCUCAGAUCUUCUCUACAGCCUCUGACAACCAGCCCACCGUCACUAUUAAGGUUUAUGAAGGUGAGCGUCCUCUGACUAAGGACAACCAUCUGCUGGGCAACUUCGACCUGACUGGCAUUCCUCCUGCCCCCCGUGGUGUGCCACAGAUUGAAGUCACCUUUGAGAUCGAUGUCAACGGUAUCCUGCGUGUCACAGCUGAAGACAAAGGCACCGGCAACAAGAACAAAAUCACCAUCACGAAUGACCAGAAUCGCCUGACACCUGAGGACAUCGAGCGCAUGGUGAACGACGCCGAGCGAUUCGCCGAUGAGGACAAGAAGCUGAAGGAAAGGAUCGAUUCCCGCAACGAGCUGGAGAGCUAUGCCUACUCUCUGAAGAACCAGAUCGGCGACAAGGAGAAGCUCGGCGGCAAGCUGUCGGAUGAAGACAAGGAAACCAUUGAGAAGGCAGUGGAGGAGAAGAUUGAAUGGAUGGAGUCACACCAGGAAGCUGAGCUGGAGGACUUCCAGGCCAAGAAGAAGGAGCUGGAGGAGGUGGUUCAGCCUAUCAUUGGCAAGCUUUACGGCAGUGCGGGUGGACCACCACCAGAGGGUGCUGAAGGCGAGCAGGACGAGAAGGAUGAGUUGUAGGCACAGCGGUUCAUCCGUCGCCCCUUGCCUCUCUGAUGGUGGCACCUAGAUGUACAUAAUAGACUGAUGGGACUCAAAUAGUGAGAGGAACGGUCGGGAAGGGGCGGCGAUAACGAGCAACCGUACUGAAUCUUCUGAAAGACUUUAACAAUAAGUUUCAGUGUGUGAGGUGUUCCUUCGCUACCAGGCGGAGAUAUUUGUCAGCCUGAAUACAAGGCUUUCUGCUGCUGUUCUCAGGCAGUCCUGAUGGGGGAUUAUGUAGUUGGGAGGGAUUAAGUGGGUGGGCAGGGGUUGAAGGGGUCAGAUGUUUAUGGGUCCAUUGAGAUGGAAGUCUGUGGGGUCAAGGGCUCGUUAUGUCCACAGACGAGGCUAAAAGUUAUUUAUUGAAUCUGGUCGUUGUACUUCUGGAAAGACAUUGAAAUAAAUGUUUGAUACAAAAUAUCA